AUGCCAUUCACGGGCACACUUCCAAAAUUACAGUCUGAUAUUAUCUCUAGUCUCUCAGCCGAUUUGCGUCCUAUAGUCUACUCAGACCUCAACGUCCCCGUUGGAGGCCAUGUUUGGAUUGGCUGCCGCAGCGACUCUACCCGUGCUGAUACCUCCCACGUCAUCUUCUUCGCCGAUGCCAAGUGGCCCAUGAGGGUGCACACGCCUUUUGAAGAAUUCCAGGUGCGACGGAAGAUUAAUAAUUUGCUCUCAUACCGAGGCUUCCGGGAAAUACUUGCCGAGCUGGAUAACGGAGAUAUCAUCGAUUGUAACAGCCGCGUUUUUAUUGAGCGAAACUUGCUACGCAUCAAUAAAGCUAUAAGAACGGAGCUCAUGGACCUGGUGUUCGGACGUAACGAAGUCGAAAGUUAUACAGGGAGCUCCGAACGCGAGAUGAAGAAUGGCUGCCAGUCUCUUAAGUUCAUCGCGGUGAACUUUGCCAACCUGCGCCGUCUGAUGUAUCACAUACAGUCGACGUCGUUAUAUCUGAUCCCCACCGAAGAAGCCAUCGCCCUAGUAGACGCGUUUAGAGCUAUUGCAGUGCCCGCGAAGAAGCUUCAGAUGCUACAUUUUGCAUGGAAUGAAGAAGAGUUGACCACUGCCAGAGUUCUGAAUAACAAGAGAUGA